AAACGCCAAAAGCUCGAUUCUUCAGUGAUUGUUUCAACAGAUGAGAUGGGAGUGAUAAUUUCCUUUGUGGACACAUCAAGAACUUUUAACAAUCUCUCACUAUGUAACAAAUCCAUCAAGAAACAGUGUGAAUUAAUUAUGGAAAGAGCGAAUGAUAAAAUUUCCUUUUUCAGAGGUUUGGAAGUGGAUCCACGAUUGUCUCUGAUGAGAGCACAAGGAAUGGGAUGGAAGGUUCCGAGAUGGGCACACGAUGAGGUAUUAAAAGGAGGAUUGGAUUUAUUGAUUUAUUACAAGACAUUCUUUCGUUCACCUGGAGGAAAUACUGAUGAAUUCAUGCUGAAAUUUAAGGUUUCAUUCAGUGCAGAGGCUGAAAUGAAGGUCAUGAGAUCGAAGGUUCAUUGUGCUGAUGGAUUUUAUACUCGUAUUAGACCAUUCGAAAGUAAGGUUGAAAGAAAGUGGACUAAUCUUUUGGAGGCUAUUGAAAAACAAUCAUUUGAAAAGAAAACAGAUUAUGAAAGUUUGAAAGUCAAUACUGAGGGUCACAAUGAAGAUUAUUUCUAUACUAUUCUAGAUGAAGUUCAUGGCUGUGAAAAAUUUAACACUGACGAAUAUCAUGGAAAAUGGACUUUUGUAAACCUUCAAGUUUCACACAAGAAUGAAAAGAUUUUCUCGAUUGUAAGAAGGGCUGUUCAUAAAGAAAAGCUUGACACCAAUUCAGUAGAUUCAAAUCCAAUUGCUCAAAAAUUAUUUGAUGAAUUACAAGAAUUUUGUCAAGUGAGUCAAAUUGCUGAAUGUGAACAUGAUGAAUGUGAAGAUUUUGAAAAUGAUAUGAUUUAUGAAUGUUCUAAAUCAGGAAUUGAAAUGCACCAGACAGAAGCAGAAGUGGACGAGAUUGAAGUAGAUGAUGAAGAACGUGAUAAUAGUAAUAUUAGAGAUGUUUUGCAUCGAUUGAUUGAGGACUAUUAAAGGUUAAUCAUUUUGGGCUUCAAAUAAUCAUUGAUUAAAUGGUAUCUUUCG